AUGAGGCAGGAAAGGAAUCUAACUAAACUGUUACAACAACAGCAGGCACAAUUGGAGAGAGUCCUGUUGGCAACUGAGAAAGGAAUUCUCCGAGGAGCCGGAACGCCCCGACCCAAGCCAAAACCCAAGCAACCACUCUGGAAGAAGAAAGUGACUAGGGGGGACGGGGCUCAGCACCCCUCCCUGAGCCAGGGUAACCUUAAAGGUGGAGGGGAAGCCAAUCCAAUUUAUGGUAGACACAGAGCUGAGAGUUCGGUCCUCCUGGCCCCUGCCGGACCCCUGUCCUCAAAACGAACCUGGGUACAGGGAGCCACAGGAACUAAGUCGUAUUCAUGGACUACUCAAAGAACUGUGGACUUAGGCAUGGGGAAAGUAACCCAUUCCUUCCUGGUGAUACCAGAAUGCCCAUAUCCCUUGCUUGGGAGAGAUCUCCUGUCUAAAAUGAGAGCUCAAAUUCAUUUCUCAGACGAGGGAGCUUGGCUAACGGACCAAAAAGGGAGGCCGAUACAAGUACUCCUGACAACUGACCUAGUCGAGGAAUACAGGCUCCGCCUAGAACCUGAGGCUCCCGGGCAAGAAAUUCAGGCUUGGCUCCAAAAACUUCCCCUAGCUUGGGCAGAAACUGGGGGAAUGGAACUAGCGAAGCAUAGGCCUCCGGUCUAUAUAGAGAUCAAAUCAGAUGCUGAUCCAGUCAAUGUCCGCCAGUACCCCAUGUCCCUAGAAGUAAAGAAGGGAAUAACACCUCAUAUAAGGAGGCUUCUGAGUUUGGGAGUUCUGCGACCAAUUCAGUCCGCAUGGAACACUCCUUUGUUGCCAGUCAAGAAACCCCACACAGGGGACUGCAGGCCAGUCCAGGACUUAAGGGAAGUGAACAAAAGAGUGGUGGAUAUUCACCCCACUGUGCCUAACCCAUAUACCCUGCUGAGCUCACUACCUCCAGACCGGCAGUGGUACUCUGUUCUGGACUUGAAGGAUGCCUUUUUCAGCCUCCCUUUAGCCCCCAAGAGUCAACUGUAUUUUGCCUUUGAGUGGCACGACCCUGAGAUCAGGAUCAGCGGGCAGCUGACAUGGACUAGACUCCCUCAAGGGUUCAAAAAUUCUCCAACCAUAUUUGAUGAGGCUCUUCAUGAAGAUCUGGGUGAGUAUCGCACCCAAAAUCCAGACAUCAGCUUGUUACAAUAUGUAGAUGACUUGUUGAUUGCUGCAGUCGACAGAGCAGCCUGCCUUAAAGGGACUGAGAACUUGCUGCUGACCCUAGGACGCCUAGGGUACCGAGCCUCGGCCAAAAAGGCCCAGAUUUGUAAGAGGCAGGUCAGGUAUCUGGGGUAUGUCCUUAAGGAGGGUAAAAGAUGGCUGUCGGACGCCAGGAAGGAGACGGUCUUGAAAAUACCCGCUCCUACAACACCGAGACAGGUAGAGUUUCUGGGGACAGCGGGAUUCUGCCGCCUCUGGAUUCCCGGAUUCGCUGAACUGGCUAAGCCCCUAUAUGAGGUCACUAGAAACACAACAGAUUUUGUCUGGACAGAGAGGGAACAACGAGCAUUUGAGGAACUGAAACGGAAACUGCUGGAGGCCCCAGCACUUGGCCUACCAGACAUCAACAAACCCUUCCACCUUUAUGUGGAUGAGAGUAGGGGCAUUGCCAAAGGGGUCCUCACCCAGACCUUGGGACCCUGGAAAAGACCAGUGGCAUAUCUGUCAAAAAGGUUGGACCCAGUGGCUGCGGGGUGGCCUCCAUGCCUAAGAAUAAUUGCGGCCGUAGCUCUGCUAGUUAAAGAUGGAGACAAACUGACUCUUGGUCAGAGACUGACUAUUGCAACCCUGCGUGCCCUGGAGGGAAUCCUUAAACAGCCCCCAGAUCGAUGGAUCAGUAAUGCAAGGCUCACUCACUACCAGGCCCUCCUUCUUAACCCAGCCAGAUUGACUUAUCAAGUCCCAACAGCUCUGAACCCAGCCACCCUACUGCCUGAUCCCGACCUGGAGGCUCCACUUCACGACUGUGCUUGGAUCCUGGCUCAGGCACACUGCAUACGCCCAGACCUGCGAGAUGUCCCACUACCAGAUGCAGAGGAAAACUGGUUCACGGAUGGGAGCAGCUACAUGCGUGAUGGACAAAGGUAUGGGGGGGCAGCAGUGACUACCAGUGAAACCGUCGUGUGGGCCACUGCAUUGCUGCCAGGGACUUCAGCACAAAAGGCCGAAUUAAUAGCCUUAACAAACGCCCUCCAACUCGGGAAGGACAAUGCAUUUGCCACUGCACAUAUCCAUGGGGCUAUAUACUUGGAGAGGGGGCUGUUAACAGCAGAGGGAAAGACUAUUAAAAAUAAACAAGAAAUCUUAGAGCUACUAAAGGUCCUCUGGGCCCCCAAGAAACUAGCAAUCAUGCACUGCCCGGGGCACCAGAAAGGAGAAGCGCCGAUUCAACGAGGAAACAAUUUGGCUGACCAGACAGCCAGGCAGGUGGCCAUGACGGCCACUAUAGCUCCUAUGCUUGUGGACCCUGGGGCCCCUGACAAUAAGAUCAUUCUGCCUCAAGAACUGGGACAAACAAUGCUCCGAAAAAUACAUCGGGCAUCCCACCUGCGAAUCAGAAAAAUGCAAGAUCUCCUCAGACACUCUGCAGUGAAAAUUAAAGAGGGAAACCAGAUUAUAGAGGACAUUGUGGCUAGUUGUCAUGCUUGCCGCCUGACUAACACCAACCCACACCCUGCAAACCCAGGGAGUCGCCUCCGGGGCACCCAGCCAGGUACGUACUGGGAAGUGGACUUCACUGAAAUCAAGACAGGAAAGUUUGGCUAAAAAUAUCUAUUAGUCUUUAUAGACACCUUCUCAGGAUGAACUGAAGCGUACCCCACCAAAUACGAAACUGCAAACGUGGUGGCUAAGAAGAUACUGGAAGAAAUUCUGCCCAGGUUUGGCUUUCCAGUUAUGAUAGGAUCAGAUAAUGGUCCAGCCUUCAUUUCCCAGGUAAGUCAGGGAGUAGCCACCGCAUUGGGGACAGAUUGGAAAUUACACUGUGCUUAUAGACCCCAAAGCUCAGGGCAAGCAGAAAGGAUGAACAGGACACUAAAAGAGACCCUAACUAAAUUGGCCUUGGAGACUGGCGGUGACUGGGUGACCCUUCUUCCCUUUGCCCUUUUUUGGGUUCGGAAUUCCCCUUAGCAACUGGGAUUAACACCCUUUGAAAUCAUGUAUGGGUACCCACCUCCCAUUAUACCUAGUCUUCACACUGAUUUAGUGACACAGUUGGAGGACCAGGACCUCCUGGAUGCACUUCGCGGACUCCGCCAGGCCCAUAAAGAAAUAUGGCCCAAGCUCCAGGCUAUUUACCAGGCCGCUUCUCCUCCUACUCCCCACAGGUUCAGACCGGGAGACUGGGUCUUGAUCCAAAGGCACCAGUGCAAGUCACUGGAGCCCAGGUGGAAAGGACCUUACAUGGUGAUCCUGACCACCCCGACAGCUCUGAAGGUGGACGGAGUCGCAGCCUGGGUCCAUUACUCACACGCGCGACUGUUGACCCCUUCGCGCUUCCUGAGGAGUACCAAGGCGAGGCGUGGAAAGCUACUCAACAUCCCUCUAAUCCACUGA